GCGCUCAUGACGCUGACCCUCUUCCCUAUCCGGCUCCUGUUCGCUGCCUUCAUGAUGCUGUUCGCCUGGCCCUUCGCGUUUGUGGCUUCACUGGGAUGUGCUGACAAAGAACCAGAGCAGCCCCUGGCCUUGUGGCGGAAGGUCGUGGACUUCUUGCUCAAGGCCAUCAUGCGGACUAUGUGGUUUGCCGGCGGCUUCCACUGGGUGGCCGUGAAGGGGCGGCAGGCCCUGCCAACCGAGGCAGCCAUCCUGACCCUGGCACCACACUCCUCAUACUUCGACGCCAUCCCUGUGACCAUGACCAUGUCAUCCAUCGUGAUGAAGGCGGAGAGCAGGGACAUCCCGAUAUGGGGAACCCUCAUCAAGUAUAUCCGGCCAGUGUUUGUGUCCCGCUCAGACCAGGACUCGCGCAGGAAGACCGUGGAAGAGAUCAGGAGACGGGCACAGUCCAACGGGAAGUGGCCGCAGAUAAUGAUUUUUCCAGAAGGAACUUGUACCAACAGGACCUGCCUAAUUACCUUCAAGCCUGGUGCGUUUAUUCCCGGCGUUCCCGUCCAGCCUGUGGUCCUGCGAUACCCAAACAAGCUGGACACAAUCACGUGGACGUGGCAAGGACCCGGCGCGUUGGAAAUCCUGUGGCUCACACUGUGUCAGUUUCACAAUCAGGUGGAAAUUGAGUUCCUCCCCGUGUACAGCCCUUCGGAGGAGGAAAAGAGGAACCCAGCACUGUACGCCAGCAACGUGCGGCACGUCAUGGCAGAAGCCCUGGGUGUCUCCGUCACGGACUACACAUUCGAGGACUGCCAGCUGGCCCUGGCAGAAGGACAGCUCCGUCUACCCUCGGACACUUGCCUUCUGGAAUUUGCCAGGCUUGUGAGAGGCCUUGGGUUAAAGCCAGAAAAACUUGAAAAAGACCUGGAUAGAUACUCAGAAAGCGCCACGCUGCAGAAGGGCGAAAAGGUCAACCUGUGCGAGUUUGCCGCCUACUUGGAGGCGCCUGUGUCCGACUCGCUGGAGGGCAUGUUCUCCCUGUUUGACGAGAUGUAUGCGUCACACGAGGACAGCUGCAUAAGCGAGGCGGACCUCUCCUGCAUCCUCAAGACGGCCCUGGGGGUGGCUGAGCUCCCUGUGAUGGACCUCUUCAGAGCCAUUGAUGAAGACAGGAAGGGAAGAAUCUCCUUUGCCGACUUCACCAGGUUCACAGACAUGCACCCCGACUUUGCAGAAGAGUUUCUGUACCCUGAUCAGACUCGAUUUGAGAGCUGCACACAGACUCCGUCGGUGCCAACCCCGAACGGCCUCUGUACUGACUUCAGCCCCGAGAGCACUGACCCAGGGGGGAAGCCCCCCCACAGGAAACUGGACUAG